GGCUUUGGCCCAUGAUGCCAGGUCUUUGUGGACUGAGCCUCCUUGUCGAGCAGUGUCAAGUGCCAUGCGUGUGCAAUCCGGAUGUACCCGGAGGAGACGGGUUGUGCUCAGCAAGGAGGGGAGAGCGUCAUGGUCAGUUCUCCAGCUGAUCGCUGUGUCCUUUCUGGACCACCCUGGCCUCAUCCACACAGGGAUAAGCUUUAGCCAGAUAUUCUCUGAGGCCCUUCGGCCUGAAAACGAUAACCUGUCCAGCUGUCCCUAUGAAGCUGACUGCUGACGGUCACGUUCUGUUUCCUAUCUGUCUCCCGGCCGGCAUCAGUAGCGCCCCCCAGAGCAGGAAUUCCUCUGCCAGCUCUGCUGUGUAGUGUGGUUUUAAGUGUAUAUCAAGGUACGAGGAUACAGAGUUCAGCUUUUGAAAAAAGAACGUAUUCAGUGGUCUCAUUGAAACCACAUCAAACUUAGCGUCUGUCGCCACUUAAUGCAUUUCUAAAGGCCUGGCUGACGCGAAGUAAGAUUGUGCGGUGGAAGCAUCUUCCCUCCGGUGCCGUUCCUCCUCUGCCUUCUGUCCUCUUCCACAUACUCUUAGCUGGUCACACAGCGUCGUCCCCAUCAGGCUUUUAGCUCCUAAAUGGGUAUGAUCUGAUCCUUCCCCAGAGUGUGUGUUAAAAGAGCAUGCUUGGAGGUGAAAACUGGGGAGAGUUCAUUUGUGAGGGUGGUGGUUUACUUGAGUGGUUGAUGUCUUUGGACCAGAGACUGUCUACUGGAGAAGGCCCAUACAUAGCAGGGGUGUGUGAGAUGUGGGGAGAGCUUGCCCUCCCCUGAGACUUGAGAGGGACAAGCAGUGGGGAGUUGGCUUCCCUAGGGCAGGCAUCCUUAACCUAUAGGGGAUCUUAAGACACUCCCCUCCUUUGGGAAUCUUAUAAUGGACCUUUUCUCCCCAAAAUGCGUAUCACACAAAAUUUCUAAGGGCAUGACUGCCCCAGCCCCCCUCCUUGCCAUGGACUACUGAGGUUAGCCCCUGUUCCCACCGCCCUGUCACCUGGGGUUUGGGCUGCUGCUGUUGGGGGAGGAGGUGCAGCCUGGGGGGGGCCCUAAGUGGGAAGUGCUUCUCUGUCCCUCUUUCCUAUCAAGGAGCAAGGAGUCACUACUAUUGUAGAAACCUAUUUGGGGAAGAAAUUUCUACAGUUAGGAGUUUUUUUUAUUUAAACUCCCCUAGUUAGUUCUUUGGUUUUCAGUGUACUACCUUAUUUGAUUAGGUGAGUUACAUGAGUAGUAAAGAUGUCCCAGGGUUAGUGGAGUGGAGAGAGUCUUGCUGUUUUUUUGGGAGCCCAGAGCUUGUUUUUUUUUUUUUUUUUUUUUUAAUGUUUAUUUAUUUUGAGAGAGAGCGAGCACCUCUGGGGGAGGGACAGAGAGAGAGGACUGAGAGAACCUAAAGCAGGCUCUGUUGUCACGGGGUUCCAUCCUGCAAACUGUGAGAUCAUGACCUGAGCCGAAAUCAAGAGUCAGACACUAAACCGACUGGGCCACCGAGGCGCGCCCCCCCCCCUCCCCCCAGAGCUUGUUUUUUAAUUAAUAUAUGUUGAUAGUUUUCAUAUCACGACACAAGUAGAAAGUGAAAAUAUUUGUCCCACAUGCAGAGGUCAGCAGAGGAGACUGUUUGCAGCCAGUGGUGACCUCUUAGGCUGAUAGAUCAGUAUUUCUUUGCAUCACUGGGAAGCCCUUGGGAGGCGCAUGCCUGGAGCCCUGACCAAAGCCAAGGGUUUGCUGGCCCAGUGGAUGUAGCGUAGAGGGCCCCUUUUACAGCAGGCCUGGCUCCUGUGGAUGCUGUGCUGCGACACAGAGCUAUAUCAUCCUCCCGUGAAACCGGCUCCUGGGGGCAUAGUCUCCUCGCAUGGCCGGCAGACUGCCUGUCUGCUCCAGCCAGGAGCUCAGGUCCUCAUGACGAGUGUUAGAAGAUAGAAGGGGCUGUCUUCUGGAAGGGAAGUACCCUUCCAGCCAGUGGUGACGUCAUUUGGGCCUGGCUGCGGUGGCCGGUCCGCUGUUCUGUGAUCGCAUCUGCCCUCAGGGCUGACGUUGGGAUUUCUUUCUGAGCCAUGUGUCACAGUGAUCUCCUAGAGUGUUCGUUUAUUUGGUUCCUUUCCCCAGGUGCUGGUUUAACACUCACUAUGUGCCAGGGCCCAAGCACACAGAGGAGAUGUGUUCCAGGAAGGCAAGUUUUAUCCUGGUUUUGUGCCAAAGACAGAUUUAUGGCAAAGAAUGCCAUAGAGUCGCGUAGCGUUUUGUACUUUCACGCCGUAUCUGUAGUACGCAGCUGUCAGAGUGCAAAGAGAAGGGUCGUCUACCUGCCCAUCUCCUGUAGAUGGCUGUCACUCACCUGCUUGCCAGACGGCUCAGGACUUCAGCAGUUUCUGAUUGAUGGGCCGGGCAGGGUGACCACAAUUUGCUUCAGACACUGUUUCAGUAGUAAAGGCAUGUGUAGGUAUUGUUCAGGUUCCUUGAGCUAAACUCUGAAGAGAGAUUUCCUCUUUGGAUGUCAUGCUGUAAAUCCCUGGUUCAGCUAAUACAUAAUCCGCAUCCCCGUGCGGUGGGGUGUGGGUAAGCCUCAGGGUCUGGCACCAGGGACUUUUCCUCCUUCUAAUCUUGUGUGUGCUUUUCUGAGUACAGGGACUGCCGUUCUCCUGUCCCCUUCUCUCGUGAGGCGAGAGCCUCAGACAACGGAGGGAGCAGGUUUUCACAUGAGUGACACUCCUGGUCACAAGAGUGGUUUUUCACGGGAAGAUGUGGUAGACCUUCACUAUUUAAUUGAGAUUCCUUUAUGGGAGAGCUUCCCAUACUCCCUUGUCAAUUUUUUGUGUUUUCUGAAAUUGAACUCGGUGCUUAAGGUGCUCCAACAGAGUCGAGUUAACACCAUGUGUGAGCUGUUGCCAAGUGAGGCAGAGCGUAGACAUCAAUUCCACAGGCUUCAAUUUAUUCAUUCGUUCACCAUCAGUUGAACAGUUUCCUAGUGCUGCUGUUCUGCCUUCUGAAUUUCAUUGAAAAGAUUCCAUGCUACUUCUCUAGCAGCCUUAAACCAGAUCUGGAUCAACUUCAGUUGCAAAUAGAGCCCGGUUUACUAAGUUGUUAUCAAAUAACUGUUGGGAAAUUAGGACAAAUAUGAAGAUGUUUAUUAAUUGGAAUUAGACCUUUAGAUUUUAGUACUUUGUUUUAUGCCUUCAUGCUAAAAAUGUGUGUAAACCUAGAUUCAGGACCACAUGUAUUCAGUCUGGUCAAAGGAGAGUAAGUAUGGAACAGAAAUUCAGAAAUCUGCAAGUCUCUAGAAGCAAAUAGUUUUGACCCCAAGCUGUAGGCUAGGACUGGAGAGCAGCUGUUAGUUCUACCGGGUUAUGUGGAGACGGUCCAGGACGGGGGAGAUGGGAGGCGCGGCCCUGUGUUAAGACUGUCCUUUGGUCCCCCUGUUAGCUCUGACUGGGGAGGGUCAGCCCGGGGCUGGCUCUGGACCGAGGGGGUGGAGCUCUGCCUUAGAGCCUGGGCUCACUGUGCUUGAUCUCUGGAGCUGUGUUUGUUGUCACAGGCUAAGGAUGGUCCCCGGUGAACUGGACAUUCCUUACCUGUUGUCUGUGAUCUUUGAGUUUGACUUUACCUUGCUUCUUGCCCCGUGAGGAUCAAAACCACAUUGAGACAGUUUCCUUCAUUAUUGGAUGGUUAAGAAGAAAAAUUAACAAGAAUUCCUUGGUAAAAUCUGUCAGAAUGCGUUACACACUCUGAAACUCUUGGUUCAGCCAGUUAGAAAGUGCUCUGCCCAGAGCUAGUACCCAAACAAGCAGACCACCUACUCACUGCCCUUUCGCCCUGGCAAGAUGAUCAUAGAAAUAGGUUUUUCAAACUAGGUGGGGUGAACUUUGAGACUCACAGAAGCCCUUUGGGAGCUCAUCGGCCUCUUGGUGUUUACUUCGCUCUGACCUUGGACGGUUGGUGCGGGUAGGAGGACAGUUACUUCUCCUUCCCACCCUCUCACUGCUGCCCACUUCGGUUUGUUGAUGCUAGAAGCUUCCACGACAGCAUUGAUUGUCUCGUUUGUCACAUUGGUGGGUUUGAGGAGUGCACUCCGUAACUGGUGGGAAAAUGGUGUCUCUGCGUGUGCUCUGAACCGGGCCUGGCUUGCAGCAGGCCAUCAGGAAGUACUGCUGACCGUGAGGACGAGUUCGCAGAUUUUUAUGCAGUAAAACAAAUUCUAAGCAAUAAUUACUACAUGAGUUAAUUUUGUGUAAAACUUUCUGAAAAUACAAAUUCUUGUUUCAGUUCUUCAGAGUUUCAGAUGACAACUGAAGGAACCUGGUUCAGAACAUAUGAAGUUUCCCGAGCUGCCAUGUACUCUCUUUCCUUCAAUCCUCUGAACUCAAUGUUGAGUCUCGUUACUGGGCUUUGUGAAGAAGUUGUUUUUCAGUUACUCAAGUUAAAUUUGAAGUUCAGUUGAGUUUAAAUUUGUUUCCAUUUAUUCAAGGAAAGCAAAUAGGGCAAAAGUGGCAACUGGAAUGUGUUCACUUUGAAAAAGGCACUUGAAAGUGCUCAGGAGCGAGAUCUUCUUGGUUCUGCUGGUUUGUCUUUAUUUGUGUUUUUAUGUGGACAUUUCAGCUGAAAGGGUCAGCUGUGUUAAGCAUUGAUUUGUCUGCAACCUAAAAUUUUAGAGCUGAAAGAUAUCAUGUAAUUCUUCUUGUUCAGGACACUCACCUUACCAGUGAGAUCGGGGUCCGUAGGAGGAACGAGUGUAAGUUACCCAGACAGAGGCAGCCAUCCCGGUGUGGGGCUGCUGGGGAGAACCGAUUCAGUUUCUUGAUUGAUCCCUAGGAGGUCUUCCCUUGGGACCCCUUCCUCCCAGUUUCCAAACAUCAAACGCACCAAGAUACCAGAAAAGUAGAGCGAGCACCAGGCAAGAGGUAGAAUGCUAGAACUUUGCGGAAAAGCAAGGCAGGCGCGAAAAGCCAGUCUCUGUUCCUCCCGAGGGCAGAUGGGUUUCCCGAGCUCACUCCUGUAUCGGCUGGAGCUGGAGGGGGGCGUAGGUGGGGGCUCUUCCUUCCUGUUCUUGCCUUCAGCUACUGUAUAUUUUACUUUGUUUUACUAAUUUAAAAGAAGAAUUUCUUUGUGGAACAUUCGGACGUGUGAUCUUAGAGAAGGUAAUGUGACAACCUCCACCCCUCCACACACACACGCGUGUCACCUGGCUAGGAGGAAGCAACAUGUGGCCAGUCGUUCCUCAUCUAGGCCCCCUUCUUGCCUCUACCCCUUGCCUCAUGGGAGUACUAAAGUGAAUCCCAGACGUUACAUUGUUCCUUUGUCAGCGUGUCUCGUGUGUGUUUUGAAUGAAUGGAAAUGGAGUUUAAAACUGAUGGGGGAAACCUGAAAGAAGUGGGCUAGUGUUAAACACAAGGAGCUCCCCUUUGUCAGUGAUUCUGGAAGCUUUUGUCUUCCGGAUGAUUUUCUCACUGUGUUGCUGCCCCUGUCGGGGUGCGGGGCGUGGGGGAGGGUGGAAACAGCAGUUCUCGUUUUGAUGCCGGAGAGGAUGGCAGACAGCUGUUGCCGGCAGCUCCUUCGUCUUCCGCCUUCGGUGUGCAGCCACUUGAGCAAGUCACGCUGUUCGUCAUGCAGAAUGAACCUUGAGAAUGAGCCUUUAAUUUAUAAUCGAAAUGAGGGUUUCACGAGAAGUAGUGAUUUUUGCUUUCUUGGGUCAAAGGGAGCAUUUCUGAGGCCCUUCCUUUUGUAUGUGACCGUGUCGUGACAGCUGAUUUUGCCUCUUUUUGUUUCAGAUGGGAAUGGCUGGUAACACAAGUCCAUUUGGACAACCCUUUAGUCAAACUGGAGGGCAGCAAAUGGGAGCCCCUGGAGUGAACCCCCAGUUAUCCAGCAAACAGAGCAUGGUCAAUAGUUUGCCUCCCUUCCCUACAGACAUCAAGAAUCCUUCCGUCACCAACGUGCCAAACAUGUCUCAGAUGCAAACUUCAGUGGGAAUUGUACCCACACAGGCGAUCACAGCAGGCCCCACUGCAGAUCCUGAAAAGCGCAAACUGAUACAGCAGCAGCUGGUUCUACUGCUUCAUGCUCACAAGUGUCAGAGACGAGAACAAGCGAACGGAGAAGUUCGGGCCUGCUCUCUCCCGCAUUGCCGAACCAUGAAGAAUGUUUUGAAUCACAUGACACACUGUCAGGCUGGGAAAGCCUGUCAAGUUGCCCAUUGUGCAUCUUCACGACAAAUCAUCUCUCAUUGGAAGAACUGCACACGACAUGACUGUCCUGUUUGCCUCCCUUUGAAAAAUGCCAGUGACAAGCGAAACCAACAAACCAUCCUGGGGUCUCCAGCUAGUGGGAUUCAGAACACGAUCGGUUCUGUCGGCACAGGCCAGCAGAACGCCGCUUCGCUGAGUAACCCGAAUCCCAUCGACCCCAGCUCCAUGCAGCGCGCGUAUGCUGCCCUUGGUCUCCCCUACCUGAACCAGCCCCAGACGCAGCUGCAGCCUCAGGUUCCCGGCCAGCAACCAGCACAGCCUCAAAGUCACCAGCAGAUGAGGACUCUCAACCCCCUGGGAAAUAACCCAAUGAACAUUCCAGCAGGAGGAAUAACAACAGAUCAGCAGCCGCCAAACUUGAUUUCAGAAUCAGCUCUUCCAACUUCCCUCGGGGCCACAAACCCACUGAUGAACGAUGGCUCAGGCUCUGCAAACCUCGGGACCCUCAGCACUAUACCCACAGCGGCACCUCCUUCCAGCACCGGUGUGCGGAAAAGCUGGCACGAACAUGUCACUCAGGACCUGCGGAGCCACCUAGUGCAUAAACUGGUCCAAGCCAUCUUCCCAACCCCUGACCCGGCAGCCCUGAAGGAUCGCCGCAUGGAGAACCUGGUGGCCUAUGCUAAGAAAGUGGAGGGGGACAUGUACGAGUCCGCCAACAGCAGGGAUGAAUACUAUCACUUACUGGCCGAAAAAAUUUACAAGAUACAAAAAGAACUAGAAGAAAAGCGGAGGUCACGUUUACACAAACAAGGCAUCCUGGGUAACCAGCCCGCCCUACCAGCCCCCGGGGCACAGCCCCCUGGGAUUCCGCAGGCACAACCUGUGAGGCCUCCAAAUGGACCCAUGCCCCUGCCAGUGAAUCGUGUGCAGGUUUCUCAAGGGAUGAAUUCAUUUACCCCAAUGUCCUUGGGGAACGUACAGUUGCCGCAGGCUCCCAUGGGACCGCGUGCAGCGUCCCCCAUGAACCACUCUGUCCCGAUGAACAGCAUGGGCUCCGUUCCAGGGAUGGCCAUUUCUCCUUCCCGAAUGCCCCAGCCUCCGAACAUGAUGGGCGCUCACAGCAACAACAUCAUGGCCCAGGCGCCUGCGCAGAACCAGUUCCUGCCUCAGAACCAGUUCCAGUCCUCCGGCGGGGCGAUGAGUGUGAGCAGUGUGGGCCUGGGCCAGCCGGCGGCCCAGACGGGCGUGCCGCAGGGACAGGUGCCUGGUGCUGCUCUUCCUAACCCUCUGAACAUGCUUGGGCCUCAGGCCAGCCAGCUGCCUUGUCCACCAGUGACACAGUCACCGUUGCACCAGACGCCACCCCCUGCUUCCACGGCCGCGGGCAUGCCGUCUCUCCAGCACCCGUCGGCGCCUGGGAUGACUCCUCCCCAGCCAGCAGCUCCCACCCAGCCAUCGACUCCUGUGUCGUCUUCCGGGCAGACCCCUACCCCGACUCCCGGCUCGGUGCCCAGUGCCAGCCAGACCCAGAGCACCCCGACGGUCCAGGCAGCAGCCCAGGCCCAGGUGACCCCACAGCCUCAGACCCCAGUCCAGCCCCCGUCUGUGGCCACCCCUCAGUCAUCACAACAGCAGCCGACGCCUGUGCAUGCCCAGCCUCCCGGCACACCGCUUUCCCAGGCAGCAGCCAGCAUCGAUAACCGGGUCCCCACUCCUUCCUCGGUGGCCAGCGCCGAAACCAACUCCCAGCAGCCAGGACCCGAGGCACCGAUGCUGGAGAUGAAAGCAGAGGUCAAGACUGAGGACACUGAGCCUGAUGCCAGUGAAUCCAAGGGGGAGCCGGGGUCUGCGAUGAUGGAGGAGGAUCUGCAAGGAUCUUCUCAAGUUAAAGAAGAAACAGACACAACAGAACAGAAAUCUGAACCGAUGGAAGUGGACGAGAAGAAACCGGAAGUCAAAGUAGAAACUAAAGAGGAAGAAGAGAGCAGCGCUAAUGGGGCCGCCUCUCAGUCAACAUCUCCUUCACAGCCACGCAAAAAAAUCUUUAAGCCGGAAGAGUUACGCCAGGCUCUGAUGCCAACCCUGGAAGCGCUGUACCGCCAGGACCCGGAGUCCUUGCCUUUCCGGCAGCCUGUGGACCCCCAGCUGCUAGGGAUCCCGGAUUAUUUUGACAUUGUCAAGAACCCUAUGGACCUUUCCACCAUCAAGCGGAAGCUGGACACGGGGCAGUACCAAGAACCCUGGCAGUAUGUGGAUGACGUCUGGCUCAUGUUCAACAACGCCUGGCUCUAUAACCGGAAGACGUCCCGGGUCUACAAGUUCUGCAGCAAACUUGCUGAGGUCUUUGAGCAGGAAAUUGACCCCGUCAUGCAGUCCCUUGGAUAUUGUUGUGGGCGCAAGUAUGAGUUUUCCCCACAGACUUUGUGCUGCUACGGGAAGCAGCUGUGUACAAUUCCUCGCGACGCUGCCUACUACAGCUAUCAGAACAGUUCACCCAAGUAUGGCCUUCUUGCUGACAGGUAUCAUUUCUGUGAGAAGUGUUUCACAGAGAUCCAGGGGGAGAAUGUUACCCUGGGUGACGACCCUUCACAACCCCAGACGACAAUUUCAAAGGAUCAGUUUGAAAAGAAGAAAAAUGAUACCUUAGAUCCUGAACCUUUUGUCGAUUGCAAGGAGUGUGGCCGGAAGAUGCAUCAGAUUUGUGUUCUGCACUAUGACAUCAUUUGGCCUUCGGGCUUCGUGUGCGACAACUGCCUGAAGAAAACCGGCAGAACUCGGAAAGAAAACAAGUUCAGUGCGAAGAGACUACAGACCACGCGAUUGGGCAACCACUUGGAAGACCGAGUCAACAAGUUUUUGCGGCGACAGAAUCAUCCCGAAGCCGGGGAGGUCUUUGUCCGGGUGGUGGCCAGCUCAGACAAGACUGUGGAGGUCAAGCCUGGGAUGAAGUCACGGUUUGUGGAUUCCGGGGAAAUGUCUGAAUCUUUCCCGUAUCGAACCAAAGCACUCUUUGCUUUUGAGGAAAUUGACGGAGUGGAUGUGUGCUUCUUUGGGAUGCACGUGCAAGAGUACGGCUCCGAUUGCCCCCCUCCAAACACAAGGCGUGUAUACAUAUCUUAUCUGGACAGUAUUCAUUUCUUCCGGCCCCGGUGCCUCCGGACCGCUGUUUACCAUGAGAUCCUUAUUGGAUAUUUAGAAUACGUGAAGAAAUUGGGGUAUGUAACAGGACACAUCUGGGCCUGCCCCCCGAGUGAAGGAGAUGACUAUAUCUUCCAUUGCCACCCCCCUGAUCAGAAAAUCCCCAAACCAAAGCGCCUGCAGGAGUGGUACAAGAAGAUGCUGGACAAGGCAUUUGCGGAACGGAUCAUUCACGACUACAAGGACAUUUUCAAACAAGCGACCGAAGACAGGCUCACCAGUGCCAAGGAGCUGCCCUAUUUUGAGGGUGACUUCUGGCCCAAUGUGCUGGAGGAGAGCAUUAAGGAGUUGGAGCAAGAAGAAGAAGAGAGGAAGAAGGAGGAGAGCAGUGCAGCCAGUGAGACCACGGAGGGCAGCCAGGGUGACAGCAAGAAUGCCAAGAAGAAGAACAACAAGAAAACCAAUAAGAAUAAAAGCAGCAUCAGUCGAGCCAACAAAAAGAAGCCCAGCAUGCCCAACGUGUCCAACGACUUGUCCCAGAAGCUCUACGCCACCAUGGAGAAGCACAAGGAGGUCUUCUUUGUGAUUCACCUGCACGCCGGGCCCGUCAUCAACACGCUGCCCCCCAUCGUCGACCCUGACCCCCUGCUCAGCUGUGACCUCAUGGACGGGCGUGACGCCUUCCUCACCCUCGCCAGGGACAAGCACUGGGAGUUCUCGUCCCUGCGCCGGUCCAAGUGGUCCACGCUGUGCAUGCUGGUGGAGCUGCACACACAGGGCCAGGACCGGUUUGUCUACACCUGCAACGAGUGCAAGCACCACGUGGAGACGCGCUGGCACUGCACCGUGUGCGAGGACUACGACCUGUGCAUCAACUGCUACAACACGAAGAGCCACGCCCACAAGAUGGUGAAGUGGGGGCUGGGCCUGGACGACGAGGGCAGCAGCCAGGGCGAGCCGCAGUCCAAGAGCCCCCAGGAGUCGCGGCGCCUGAGCAUCCAGCGCUGCAUCCAGUCCCUGGUGCAUGCCUGCCAGUGCCGCAACGCCAACUGCUCGCUGCCGUCCUGCCAGAAGAUGAAGCGGGUGGUGCAGCACACCAAGGGCUGCAAGCGCAAGACCAACGGGGGCUGCCCAGUGUGCAAGCAGCUCAUCGCCCUCUGCUGCUACCACGCCAAACACUGCCAGGAGAACAAAUGCCCGGUGCCCUUCUGCCUCAACAUCAAACACAAGCUCCGCCAGCAGCAGAUCCAGCACCGCCUGCAGCAGGCUCAGCUCAUGCGCCGGCGGAUGGCCACCAUGAACACCCGCAACGUGCCUCAGCAGAGUCUGCCUUCCCCUACCUCAGCACCGCCCGGGACCCCCACGCAGCAGCCCAGCACGCCCCAGACGCCGCAGCCACCCGCCCAGCCCCAGCCCUCGCCCGUGAGCAUGUCACCGGCCGGCUUCCCCGGCGUGGCCCGGACUCAGCCCCCCACCACGGUGUCCGCCGGGAAGCCCGCCAACCAGGUGCCGGCCCCGCCACCCCCCGCCCAGCCCCCGCCGGCCGCGGUGGAAGCGGCCCGGCAGAUCGAGCGCGAGGCGCAGCAGCAGCAGCACCUGUACCGGGUGAACAUCAACAACGGCGUGCCCCCGGGGCGCACGGGCAUGGUGACCCCGGUGGGCCAGAUGGCCCCCGCGGGCCUGAACGUGCCCCGGCCCGGCCCGGUCAGCGGGCCCGUCGUGCCCAACCUGCCGCCCGGGCAGUGGCAGCAGGCGCCUCUCCCCCAGCAGCAGCCGAUGCCGGGCAUGCCCAGGCCCGUGAUGUCCAUGCAGGCCCAGCCGGCCGUGGCAGGGCCUCGGAUGCCCAGCGUGCAGCCGCCCCGGAGCAUCUCGCCCGGCGCCCUGCAGGACCUGUUGCGGACCCUGAAGUCGCCCAGCUCCCCGCAGCAGCAGCAGCAGGUGCUCAACAUCCUCAAGUCAAACCCUCAGCUGAUGGCGGCUUUCAUCAAGCAGCGCACGGCCAAGUACGUGGCCAGUCAGCCCGGCCUCCAGCCCCAGCCCGGCCUCCAGCCCCAGCCCGGCCUCCAGGCCCAGCCCGGCCUGCACCAGCAGCCCGGCCUGCAGAACCUGAACGCCAUGCAAGCCGGCGGGCCCCGGCCCGGCGUGCCCCCGCAGCAGCAGGCGAUGGGAGGCCUGAACCCCCAGGGCCAGGCCCUGAACAUCAUGAACCCGGGGCACAACCCCAGCAUGGCGAGCAUGAACCCGCAGUACAGAGAGAUGCUGCGCCGGCAGCUGCUGCAGCAGCAGCAACAGCAGCAGCAGCAGCCGCCGCCGCCGCCACCGCCACAGGGCGGCGCGGGCAUGGCCGGGGGCAUGGCCGGGCACGGCCAGUUCCAGCAGCCCCAGGGACCCGGAGGCUACCCGCCGGCCAUGCAGCAGCAGCGGAUGCAGCAGCACCUCCCCAUCCAGGGCAGCUCCAUGGGCCAGAUGGCGGCUCAGAUGGGACAGCUCAGCCAGAUGGGGCAGCCCGGGCUGGGCGCGGACGGCACCCCCAACAUCCAGCAGGCCCUGCAGCAGCGGAUUCUGCAGCAGCAGCAGAUGAAGCAGCAGAUCGGGUCCCCGGGCCAGCCGAACCCCAUGAGCCCCCAGCAGCACAUGCUCUCAGGACAGCCCCAGGCCUCGCACCUCCCCGGCCAGCAGAUGGCCACGUCCCUCAGUAGCCAGGUGCGGUCCCCGGCCCCUGUCCAGUCUCCGCGGCCCCAGUCCCAGCCUCCACAUUCCAGCCCGUCGCCACGGAUCCAGCCCCAGCCUUCGCCGCACCACGUCUCGCCCCAGACCGGUUCCCCCCACCCAGGACUCGCGGUCACCAUGGCCAGCUCCAUAGAUCAGGGACACUUGGGGAACCCCGAACAGAGUGCAAUGCUCCCCCAGCUGAACACCCCCAACAGGAGUGCGUUGUCCAGUGAGCUGUCCCUGGUCGGCGACACCACAGGAGACACCCUAGAAAAGUUUGUGGAGGGUUUGUAGCAUUGCGAGAGCAUCGCUUUUUUUGUUUCCCCUUUCAUGUUCUUGGACCUUUUGUACUGAAAUCCAGGCAUCUGGGCUCUUUUUAUCCCUAGAUGGAACUGCUACUUCCGAGCCAUGGAAGGGUAGAUUGCUGUUUAAAGAAACAAUACAAAGAAUAUAUUUUUUUGUUAAAAACCAGUUGAUUUAAAUAUCUGGUCUCUCUCUCUCUCUCUCUCUCUCUCUCUCUCUCUUUCUCUCUCUUUCUCUCUUUUUGUUUUUUGUUUUCUGUUUUUGUUUUUUUGUUUUGGGGGGAGGGGGGUUUUGUUUGGAUUCUUUUUGUCGUCAUUGCUGGUGACUCAUGCCUUUUUUUAACGGGAAAAACAAGUUCAUUAUAUUCAUAUUUUUUAUUUGUAUUUUCAAGACUUUAAACAUUUAUGUUUAAAAGUGAGAAGAAAAAUAAUAUUCAGAAACUGAUUCUUGAAAUAAUGCAAGCUUAUAAUGUAUCCCGAUAACUUUCUGACGUUGCGGGAAGAUUUUUUCUAUAGUGAACUCUGUGGGCGUUCUCCAAGUAUUACCCCUGGACGGUAGGAGUCGGCUCCUGCGCGCACACACGUACACACCCACACACACCUAUCUAUACAUACUGGCUUACGCCAAACUCUUGUCUUGCAGAUGUAGAAAUUGUUGCUUUGUUUCUCUGAUAAAACUGGUUUUAGACAAAAAAUAGAGAUGAUCACUCUCUUAGACCAUGCUAAUGUUAAUAGAGAAGAAGCAUUCUUUUCUUUCUUCUAUGUGAAACUUGAAAUGAGGAAAAGCAAUUCUAGUGUAAAUCAUGCAAGCGCUAUAAUUACUAUAAAUAAGAAAAUUCAAGAAGAUUCAAUCACUGUAUAGAAUGGUAAAGUACCAACUCAUUUCUUAUAUCAUAUUGUUAAAUAAACUGUGUGCAACAGACAAAAAGGGUGGUCCUUCUUGAAUUCAUGUACAUGGUAUUAACACUUAGUGUUCGGGGUUUUGUUAUGAAAAUGCUGUUUUCAACAUUGUAUUUGGACUAUGCAUGUGUUUUCCCCCCCAUUGUAUAUAAAGUACCGCUUAAAAUUGAUAUAAAUUACUGAAGUUUUUAA